AUGCAUUCAAAUCCAUCAAUAUUUGUUGCCUUUAUAGCUACAGUGUGGGUGGAAGAAGCUAAACCAGAAAUGAGCAGAUCUAACUACACCAUAACAAGGAAAAUCUCCUGGGAUGCCAUGGACAAAUUGCCAACCUUCAGUGACUCCUACAUGGAACAGAUGUCCAGAUAUUGCUAUCGAGACCUUUUUGCCACUUUUCAUUUGUGCCCAGAGGACCUCAGUCAAUUCAAUGGCUCCGAAGAGUUGCCUCUACUUCCAUUAACAGCAGAACCUCCAACUCUUGAGAAUUUCUACAGCAAUCCUUGUGGGUUCCCAUUUCAAGUCUCCUGUGGAAAUUUCGGCAGAUGUGACUACUCUUGCAGCCCAGCAUUCAUCCGAAAAAGAAACGAAAGGGAAAGGCAGAGGGUUAAAUGUGUCAAUGAAGGCUAUGCCAAACUUAGACACCACUUACCGCCAGAAUACUUAGACAAACGGCUCAGCAAAGUUGAAACGCUCAGAGCUGCAAUUAAAUACAUCAAGUUUCUCCAGUCUCUACUUUCUGACAAUUCAGAGGAGGAUUGCAGAGGCGUUCACCAUUGCCCCCUCAAGGAAUAUUCAAAAUGAUCCAUCAUCAAGGGCUGUAUAAGCUCUUCUGCACAGGGAAAAUGCAAUCAGAUCUGAAAACUCCAGAAAUAUCUCACUUGUACAGAUCAAAACUAAAAAAUAUCAAAAUAAGAAACAUCUCCGCAGAGAUCAAAACUAGUUGCAACAUUAACAUAGCUAGACAGUAUUACAUAUGCCUGUGAGAUGUUUAAGGGUGUGCAGAUGUCAAAUAAUUACAUCAUCUAGAAUUUGAAAUGAUUCUUAAAAAUGAGCAAUAAUAUGUGAGCAAUUUGUAUUACAGCAGGAAAGG